GUUCAACAUGGCAACCUGGCGCUGCGUGCGGGUCCUGCUCACAAACCCCGUGUUUUCGGUGCACAAAAGCCAUGUCCCGCACAGAACUUUAUGCCACGUGGCCCAUAGACAGUGUAGAAGUGCUUUCCUAGUGAGAAACGGGUCGAAAUGGGUCUCCUUGUGCCGGUACUCGACGCAGAAGGCCGAGCCGGAGAAGCCCCUGGGCCUUGCAGACGAACUCCUGGCGGCCAAAGUGCAGCCAGAUCAGGGCAAGGAGAAGGCCGAGGAGGGAGACCCAGAGAACGAGAAGGAGAAGAACGAGAAGGCCAAGAGACUCCGGAGCCUGACCUUCAUCUCCUUCGGGGUGAUGAUGACGGGCAUGGGGGGGGUGCUGCUCUGGACAUGGGGUGCGCCAAGUGUAGAUGUUGAAGGGAAGCCAAUACGAGAUGAGUUUUCAGACAUGCCAGUUGUUCAGCAGUAUGUCAUGCGAACUUGGCGUGCAAUGAACGACAUGAACAAAAUGAUCCAGGAACCAUCGCGUGAAAAGUUACUUCCAGAACCUUUGAAGGAACCUUACAUCCAGCCUCCGUAUACCCUGGUGCUGGAGCUUCGGGACAUCUUGGUGCACCCAGAAUGGACGUAUGAAACAGGUUGGAGGUUCAAGAAGCGUCCUGGUGUUGAAUUCCUGCUCCACCAUUGUGCUCCCCCUCUGUUCGAGAUUGUCAUAUACACCAAUGAACAAGGCUUUACAGCGUUCCCACUGAUCGACCACUUAGAUCCGAAUGGCUACAUUUGGUACCGACUGUUCAAGGACUCGACUCGAUAUGUUAAUGGCAAACAUAUAAAGGACCUAAACUGCUUGAAUCGAGACUUAAGCAAGGUGAUCUGUGUUGACUGGGAUGGAGAGGCAGUUUCGUCACCUAGAAACCAGCUCAAGUUGAAGCGCUGGGAUGGCAAUAUGAAUGACCAGUCACUUCUAGAGCUAGCGUUCAUGCUAAGGACAAUUGCAGAGUCUGAGGUUGGAGAUGUACGUGAGGUGAUUGAUUACUAUCGGAACUUUGAAGACCCACUGGCAGCGUUUCGUGAGAACCAAAGGCAAGCACAGGAACAGGAAUUGAUUAUGAAGCAGAGAGUGGAGGAAGAACGCCAGAGUAAGUCCUUCACAAGCUCUUGGGCGUCAUCAUUCCUCAAAAGACGUUAAAGGAUGUGUCAGUUGAUGUGUGGCAAGUGGACCAUACAGUCUGCAUUGGGUCACAUGAACCUAUUAAUAAAAUAUAUUAAGAUAAAAUAAAUGACAGCCAUCAUGAUGUCAAGCCAGUUUAGAUUAUAAAAUAAAACAUGAUUGGCUAAAUGAUGAGGUUUACCAACAGGUCUUCAUCUAAUGUCAAGCAUUAAAAUAUUCACUCAAUGCAAAGACAAGUCAUGUGAUGUUCUAGGUCCUGUGGUGAAAUUUGUGCAAAGUGAAUGCUUGAAAAACAUUACAGUGUUUUAGUACUGGUAUAAUACUGAGUGAGUGCUGAUUUUCGGCAAGACUGGAUGCUGAUAUAUAACAUAUGGACAUGUGAAUGAUAUGAAUUGAGCAUAUAUAUUUUUUAUCAUGUUGAUUCAUUGUUAGGGAUAAUGCAGAGGAAGAUUAUAUGCAUAGAAGAGCAAAUUCAGAUUGAAUGAAUUGGUAUGUUUACUAAAUAAUUUUGAAGUUGUUUUGAGUUACAUUUUAUUAGACCUUGUUUGUUUUCACCGAUUUGAUUAUAUAAUUGAAUGCUCAAGCAAAGAAAUGUAAUUACUUAAAGAAUAAUGUGUUUCUUUCAAAUGCAAAAAUAUUUAUUAUUAAUUACAGAAAUAAGUAAUUGUUUUUGCCAAAACUAGGAUCUGUUGCAGUAUGUAGAAAAGCACAAAUUUUGAAAACUAAUGUGCCUAAUAAGAUCCACAAACAGAUAAAAAUACGAACUUAGCGAUUGAUGCAUAUAGUAUUGAGUAAUUUUUUUUAUCUUGGUGUUCAAUUUGUAUAUAUGUGUAUAAAUAAAUAUUUUUGUUACAUUUGCCCUAUAGAGUCGACUUUGCCACAGUUUGCUCAUUUGUGGCUGAUUUUGUAGGACAUUUAAAAUAUUAGGGCUAACUAUUUGUUAGCAUAGAAAUUUCUUGGUAAUAAUAAUAAAUCCAGAAAAAAAAUGCAGCUGCAGUGCAAAUAUUCAUAAUGUAUGAUCAGACAAAGAAAAUGGUUCCCACUGAAAAGAUUUUCCUAAUUUUUUAAAUUUAUUUUUUCCACAUCAAAUAAAGAAACUGCAGGUAUUCAGGAACUUUCAACCUUGCCCAGCUGAACCUCAUGGAUUUUAUAAGGCUGGAGUGCAGAGGGUGGCACAGUUUCUUUUACCUUGUGUUUCUGCACUUCAGACUUAUUAUGUCUGUCUGUUUUUUCCAUCAUUUGUAAAUAAAGGUUUAUUUGAUUA